CUCCCCCGCCCCACGAACAGCCAUCUUGCAGUGAGCUGAGGCGGCGGCGGGCCUGCGGCGGUUCGGUGGCCUCGGGCGCGGCGCGGUGAGGCUCUCCGGCGCGGGCCACGCUCUUCCUUCCCUGCUCCGGCCUCGACCACGGCGAGCCUGAGCGCGGCGGCGGCCCACGCGCGUCCGCGGGGAGAGAUCCAGCUCCCGACAUCUUUCCGGGCCCAGGCGUGGACCAGCCGAAGAGAGGUGAGGCCGCAGCCUCGCGGGAGUAGUGCUAGGAAGUGCAUGAGAACACACUCCGGCGGCGGGAGCGUGGGUGCUCUGUCCGUCCCAGAUGAGCAGCAACAGCAAUAAAAGAGCUCCAACAACAGCGACCCAGCGGCUGAAACAGGACUAUCUUCGAAUUAAGAAGGACCCGGUGCCUUAUAUCUGUGCUGAGCCCCUCCCUUCCAAUAUUCUUGAAUGGCACUAUGUGGUCCGAGGCCCAGAGAUGACCCCUUAUGAAGGUGGUUAUUAUCAUGGAAAACUAGUUUUUCCCAGAGAAUUUCCUUUUAAACCUCCUAGUAUUUAUAUGAUAACGCCCAAUGGAAGAUUUAAGUGCAAUACAAGGCUGUGUCUUUCCAUCACGGAUUUCCACCCCGACACGUGGAACCCGGCCUGGUCUGUCUCCACCAUUCUGACGGGGCUCCUUAGCUUCAUGGUGGAGAAGGGCCCCACCCUGGGCAGCAUAGAGACAUCGGACUUCACGAAAAGACAACUGGCUGCACAAAGUUUAGCAUUUAAUUUGAAAGACAAAGUCUUUGGUGAAUUAUUCCCUGAAGUUGUGGAGGAAAUUAAACAAAAACAGAAAGCCCAAGACGAACUCAGUAGCCGACCCCAGGCUCUCCCCUUACCAGAUGUGGUUCCAGAUGGGGAAACACACCAUGGUCAGAACGGGCUUCAGCUCCUCAAUGGGCAUGCGCCAGGGGCUGGGCCACACCUCGCAGGGCUCCAGCAGGUCAACCGGCACCACGGACUCCUGGGCGGUGCCUUGGCGAACUUGUUUGUUAUAGUUGGGUUUGCGGCUUUUGCCUACACGGUCAAGUACGUGCUGAGAAGCAUAGCGCAGGAGUGAGCCACAUGCCACGGCCGGCAGAAGUGGUCAGAAACGAGGGACACUGGGCCCGAGCUUGCCAUGGGCUGGCUGGACAUGCCGCCGAGUGCAGGGUGGACCUGCCUGACUCCUGGGGUUAGCUUUUUAAAAACCUUGAAAAGGAAAACAAAAACCAAAGUGUGUAAUUUGGAUUUAGAGGAGAUGCAAGAUUCUCAGCUCCCUGUCCUCGCUCUGGGGUCGUUGGGGACCAUGGAGCUUGGGUGUCGAGGAGGAGGGGCCUCACGCUUUGGUUUUAUAGCUUAUCUCCUGUAUCGUCUUUUGGACCUGUUUUAGUAAACCUGUUUUUCAUUUUAUUAGAUUUGGUCACUUAAAAAUACAAAACUCGAUUAUCAAAUA